AUGACGCUCAACCCUUUUUCGCACCUUCCGGAUUCCGUCGAUCGCGUCUUUUCCUCUGCCUGCAGCGUCCUCUCCUUCUCCCCAUCCGGUCUAAGCAAGGGCCACUAUCUCGCCGUAGGCCGCACCGAUGGUUUCGUCGUCAUUUACGAUUUGGAGACGCGAUGCGCCGUCAGAAUACUCGAGGGUCACGUCAAGGCAGUCACCGCACUGGCUUGGAGCGGAAAGGAGAGAGUGAGGGCGAUGGGUGGCAAGGGGACAGCUGCGGCGGGAGGAGGUAGGAUGCUGGCGAGCGCAUCGCUGGACGGCAUGUGCCUCGUGUGGGACCUGUCUAUGCUAUCCAGCACGACGGUGGAGCAGCAGCAGCGACAGGAUCAUGCGCAUACACACAUAUCCAGCCACUCUUUGCCUCCCUGCGGUGCCUAUGCCCGCUACAGGGUCAGGCUGGAUGCGCCCCUCAUCGGCGUCGAGUUUCAGUACGGCGAUACGUGAGUGUGCGCGCGUGCGCAUGCAAGCAGCAGGGUGGGGGGGAGCAUGAUUGCGAUGCUCAUUGUCUUGCGCUUCUCCCACGCAUCGCAGAAACACUCUCUUGCUGACGCUCGAGACGCAACAAGCCGUCAUCGUUGAUCUGGGCGUGCGGCAACGAGGCCUUGACAGGCACGCCGAUUCACGCUGCACUUGGCAAGCCGAAGAGGUUAUGGAGAAGCGCAUCGCUUUGGAAUCGCAUUUUGAUGCGAGCGAGUGGGUAGGCAAGGCGAGAAUGUGUGCAUGUAUGCGCUUCAACGUUGCACCUCUGACACAUUCGCUUGGCUCCUGACUCGCGCUAGCGGAGGCAUCGCAUCGGCUGCUUUUCAUCCCUCGGGCGAGUACCUGCUCGCAGGAACAACGCGGGGUCUCCUUCUCUUCUUUGCUCUGCGCACGCUCAACGUCGACGAGUACAGCGAGCGCUUGGCAAAUGUGCUCGCGAAUGAAGAUGCACCCAUUCGCGAGGUGCCUGCGAGGAUGGAUGUGGAGCUGGUGAGCAGGGUGAAUGUUGGGGGCGGAGCAGUGCGGCAGAUGCGGUGGGGCAAGAGUGGAAGGUGAGCCUCACGCCUGCCCACAAUGCUGCCUCUCGCGCCCGCGUCUGAUAUUGCGCUCCGUCGCACAGAAACGUCGUUCUCAACUCCAACGACCGAAGCAUUCGCGUCUUUGCACUGACCUUUAACAGCGUAGAUGGCGCGUCGAAUGGACAUCCAGUCGCUAAUGGAGCAGCCACGCCAAACGGGGAGCCAGCGCCAGAACAACUCGCGCACUCCCCCUCGCACUCUCACACUCGCACUCUACCUCAAUUGACGCCGACGCACCGUUUUCAAGAUCUGGUCAAUCGCACGCCUUGGUCUGGCAUCGGAUUUUCGGCCGACGGAGAGUACAUUUUCGCAGGUGCUGCUCACGUCCAGGCGCACAAUAUCUACAUCUGGGACAGAGGUCUUGGAGCGCUGGAAAAGGUCCUCGAGGGCCCAAGAGACAGCUUGAUGGACGUCGAUGUGAGUAGCUGGAGGGACGAGCGGAGAGCAGCUCAAAGUUUGAUGAACCCCUGGCAUCUCUCCCAGUGGCACCCCACUCGGCCACUGCUUGCCUCGGCCUCGGCUGGUGCGGGCAGCGUCAACUUGUGGUUCACACCCGGCGCAGAAAUUUGGUCUGCCUAUGCUCCUGGCUUCGAAGAGCUGGAAGAAAACGUCGAGUACGAAGAGCGCGAGGACGAAUUCGAUGUGGUGAGUGGCAUCGAGACGAUUCGGAGCGCUGAUUUACGCUCAUGGCUCUGGUGUGCGUCCAGGAAGAUGAACUGGCAGCGACGAGGAGGAAGUUGGAUGAGGAGGAGGUGCUCGUAGAUAUUCUAGGCAGUGCACACGACCUCCGGGCUCCCGUGCAACCGCGUGUUGUGCACAGCACAGGUUUUGGCCAGGUGUCCUCUGGCGCCGACUCCAUCGAAAAAGUCAUCUACGUCGCACCCGAUCCAGACGACGAUCCCAACUUCGUCUUGCCCGUCGACCUGGCAGCCGAUCUCGACAGCAUGUUGGCGGAAGACGACGAUGAUUGA